UUAUCACUAACGUUCUCACCACAGUACAGGAAUGGGCGAUGGGAUGCGCUGCGGCUCUGCAAUGACGAGGCUGUGGGUUUAUGUCUGGCUUGUGAGCAUCACCUGGCGUCUGAGCUUCUCUCAGAUGUCAACUGGAACUCCCAAAGAGGCAGAACUUAAUGACAACAUUACCAUUUUUACCCGAAUCCUUGACGGACUGCUGGACGGCUAUGACAACAGACUCCGCCCCGGUCUGGGAGAGAAGGUGACUGAGAUCAAGACAAACAUCUUCGUCACCAGCUUUGGACCAGUCUCAGACACUGAGAUGGAGUACACCAUCGACGUCUUUUUCCGCCAGAGCUGGAAAGACGAGCGCCUGUGCUUCAAGGGGCCCAUGGAGAUGCUCCCUCUGAACAACCUGCUGGCCAGCAACAUCUGGACGCCCGACACCUUCUUCCUCAACGGCAAGAAGUCCAUCGCCCACAACAUGACCACGCCCAACAAGCUGCUGCGUCUGAAGGACGACGGCACGCUGCUCUACACCAUGAGACUGACCAUCUCGGCUGAGUGUCCCAUGCAGCUGGAGGACUUCCCCAUGGACGCUCACGCCUGUCCGCUCAAGUUCGGAAGCUACGCAUAUCCUGUCUCGGAGGUGGUCUACACGUGGACUCAGGGAGCCGCCAAGUCUGUGGUGGUGGCGGAGGAGGGCUCCAGGCUCAACCAGUACCACCUCAUUGGUCAGACCGCUGGGACAGAGGAUAUCUACACCAGCCGAGGUCAGUACACAGUGAUGAUGGCCCACUUCUACCUGAAGAGGAAGAUUGGCUACUUUGUCAUCCAGACGUACAUGCCUUGCUUCAUGACCGUAAUCCUGUCCCAGGUGUCCUUCUGGCUCAAUCGCGAGUCUGUGCCCGCCAGAACCGUCUUUGGAGUCACGACCGUGCUCACCAUGACCACCCUCAGCAUCAGCGCCCGUAACUCCCUCCCCAAGGUGGCCUACGCUACCGCCAUGGACUGGUUCAUCGCCGUCUGCUACGCCUUCGUGUUCUCCGCCCUCAUCGAGUUUGCCACCGUCAAUUACUUCACCAAGAGAAGCUGGGCCUGGGACGGGAAGAAGGCUCUGGAAGCCCAGCAGCCGAAGAAAAAGGACCCCAUGGCUCUAUCUAAGAAGCCAAACAACGCGUGUUCGUCGGGGGUGAACUACACGCCCAACAUCAGCAAGGACAGCUCCAUCUCCACCAUCUCCAACAGCACAGCCGUCCAACUCAAACCCGCCGAGACCAAGGCACCGGAUCCUAAAAAGACUUACAACAGCGUGAGCAAGAUUGACAAGAUGUCCAGGAUCGUUUUCCCGGUUCUCUUUGGAACAUUUAACCUGGUCUACUGGGCCACGUAUCUUAACAGGGAGCCCGUGAUUAAAGGAGCAGAUUCUCCAACAUAA